AGGAACUCAGUGCGUGUCGGCGGUAACGACGACGGCUUAGAUAGUUUCUUACUGUUCUACGUAAAUGAGAAAUCAAAUAUGUACUUCGUGCUUAUCGAAAAGUGCUUUACCCGUGACGUCGUUGAGCGAUCUUUGACAUGCUAUUUUUGUUGAGAGCGUCUGCUGCUGCUGCUUGAUUACAGUCGAACAGUAUUACUCGAGCAAGCGAACUGUAAAGAGCUCGCCGCUAAGCUGUAACCGUUAGCAACACAGCAGAAAAUCAAAGCAAAGCAAAGCGAAUUUGAAAUUUGUUUACAUUUUUGUUGAAUGAAAUUGCAAUUUAUUGCCUUAUAUACAUACGAGGAAUUUGUGUUCGGUCUAAUUGUUUAAACGUGUCCAACGGCUGCAUACAUACAUUUUAAUAGCGCUCUUAAAUAAAAUAAAAUAGAGUUAGAAAAUGGCCGAAGUUAAAUACUUGGUUGUGCUACCAACAAAUCCCAACGAAUCGGACAGGAUGCGUAAGCUGGGCAUUCAAGGAAGUCUGCUGCAGGAGCCAGAACAAUUUUCGAUCAAUUUUGUAAACAGUCCCAGCUGCACAGACAACAUAACAUAUCACUUUAAAGUUAGGGUACCCGCACAGACGAUCGUCGAGAAUUACAAGAGCAAUGGCGAGUGGAGCGAUUCGCAUCAGGAGAAAUAUUUGAAUAUUUUCGAUGGUAAAAACGAUCUGACAAUGCCAAGCAUAUCCAGUAUUAUAGAUGAUGGCAUCGAUGCCGUACUUAACUAUUCGUUCACAGAGUCAACGUUUUCGCUUGAGUUUCAAUUCGAUUACGAUAAUUCCACCAUACUCGUUUACCAAGUGCGUGGACAGGGUCACAAUUUUGUUACCAAAUUCGAAACGCUAUUUUCCCUAUCCGACAUACAGUCGAUUCAGGUGUGGGGCGAUGUCCAAAAGAUAAACCAAUUCUCAUUGAGUUACGAUUGAGGGCAGCUGCAAACCUGACAAACGACCUAUAAGUUUAUAUUUUCAGUCCACGAAUUAAGCAAAAACGAAUACGAAUAAAUAGUUUAAACAAUGACGGCUGCCAUCUGUUGUAUUGCGCAUCGAGCACAGAGCGCUCCAAACAAAUAAAAUAACUAUUCCAUAAAUGAAACAAUCGCAUUUAUUUUCAUUUUCGAUUUGGCUCAAUUUACCAUUUCCAUUCGCACCUAACAGGUGUGGUCAUUACAAAGUUUUUAGUAUUACAAAUACGUUUAUAGCUACUAGUUUAUGCAUUUGCGUUUAAUAAAUAUUUACACCUAACUGCUACUAAAAUGGGCCUUACAUCUAUACAUAUAUGUAUCUCUAAUAUUGGCAAGUCCUAGCGCUUAUCUGUAUUUCAAUUAAAAUUAAUGAAACAAAUAAAACUAAUAUUGGAAAUGAAUCGCGAAAGACAUAAGAAAAUAAAUUAGAUAAAAGGAACGACACGAUAAA